ACGCGUGUGAGCAGCCAAUGAGUGAGCAGUGAUUUGAGUCUUGAAAGUGAAAAGUGAGGAUCGAACCACACCAUUGACGAUCAGUGAUCAGUGAUCAGCGAGCUUAGCUAGUGAUUCUCCAGCACUCCCCUCCCCUCCCCGAUAUGGAUAAACUCAAGUACAGCAAGUGCCCGCUCAAGAAGCGGCCUAUUCCGAUCGAGGACGCCUUUCCCGUGGAUCAGCUGAGCCAUGAUGAAGGACCCGUAGACCUCAGUGUGGCAUCGGCUGCCGUGCCGCUGGAGCCGGAAAAUCAGGCGGUCCCCCCCGAGCUGCGACGCCGUUUCGACGCGGCCAUGACGCAGACCAAGGAGCAGCUGGCCCGUCGCAUCUGGGAGGAGACCCGCGAGAUCGCACGCGCCUUUCCGGAUGUCUUCACCCGCGAGGAAAUAGCCCGGAGCCUGGCCCGACUGGGAUACGGCGACUUUGAGCUGCCACCGGAGGAGGAGGUUAUGGAUCCCGAGCCAGAGCUUCCGGUCAGCUAUGCCAGGGUCUCCGUCUCCCCUCCUCCCACGGCACAGACGAUCAUCAAGGUGGAGCAGCCCGAAGAGGAUUUCCCGCUGCGAAACUACAAUAAUAAUCUGCUCAAGAGCAUUGCCGACUAUGAGGACUGCAUGAAGAUGCCAAUGGGAUCGGCACAGCUCCAGCCCCUCCCACAUCCACAGACCUACUACCAGCCGCCAGCAACCCCUGGGCUGCCAGAGGAUCUCAGUUUGCGACCCGAGGUCGCACAGCGCCGGGUGCUGAGCGAGAACAUGAAUCUGCAAAACGUGGCCCGGGCCCUGCUCAGCAUGCAGCACAUGGCACCACAGCACAUGCCACCCCAGCAGCCACAGUACGACCCACCCUAUCAGAAGGCCGCGAAGCAGGAACUGACGCCACUGGCCGAGGACAUGGAGAACGGCGAGAACAGCGAGAACCAGCUCAACCAGCUGAAGAUCAAGAGCAGCAACGAUCUGUACUACCAGUGCCAGCAGUGCAACAAAUGCUAUGCCACGUACGCCGGACUGGUGAAGCACCAGCAGAGCCACGCCUAUGAGAGCACCGAGUACAAGAUCAUCCGGAGCAACCCCAGCGGCGGCCCCAUUGUGGACCAGACCGAGUUCUGCACUGACCAGGCGUCGGCACUGAUCCAGGCAGCCAACGCGGCGUCUGCCCAGUCCAUGCAGAAGCCGGUGGGAGUGCCCCGGUACCACUGCCAGGAUUGCGGCAAGUCGUACUCCACGUACUCGGGCCUGAGCAAGCACCAGCAGUUCCACUGCCCCUCGGCGGAGGGCAACCAGGUGAAGAAGGUGUUCAGCUGCAAGAACUGCGACAAGACGUACGUCUCGCUGGGUGCCCUCAAGAUGCACAUCCGCACCCACACGCUGCCCUGCAAGUGCCCCAUCUGCGGCAAGGCCUUCUCGCGCCCCUGGCUGCUGCAGGGCCACAUCCGCACCCACACCGGGGAGAAGCCCUUCAGCUGCCAGCACUGCAACCGCGCCUUCGCCGACCGCUCCAACCUGCGCGCCCACAUGCAGACGCACUCGGACGUCAAGAAGUACUCGUGCCCCACCUGCACCAAGUCCUUCUCUCGGAUGUCCCUGCUCGCCAAGCACCUGCAGAGCGGCUGCCACAGCGAGGUGGGCGGCAGUGCCUCUGGGGCGGGCUUCAAGCAGGAGCAGCUCCAGCAGCACCUCCACGGCUACGAGGAGGGAUCGGAAGCCCAUCAGGUCUAUUACGCCAGCAGCAUGGGAAGUAGCGGCGGGGAGGAGGAUGAGGGCGGGGACUAUGCCAUGGCCGCCCAGGGGGCACAGGCCAUCUACUAGAGGGGAGGGGACAGGACAGGACAGUCUAGUAAUCUAAGUAGCCAGGUAAACCUAUAGCUAAGUCAGUCAGUAGCCAAAGUCACAUAGUCAGUCAGCUAGGAACACCAUUCAGGGAAAGAAGUCAGUGCCAAAAAUUAGUCAGUGCAAUUUUAUUGCCUCUUAGGGUCUCCAAAUUAGUGUUUAUCAAUCACAGAACUAUUCUAUUGAGAAUAUGUACAUCUAAAUUACUCCGAUGAGCACCUCGGGGUGCUUAGCUUAGGCUUAGGAUCAUUGUUGUUUGUUAGCAAUUCCUUGUAUAUUUGUUGUUGAAACUCGAUGGUGUACAGAUCGAAAUGGUGCCAGAGA